CGGUGCCCGGUGCGGUGGCAUGGCCCGGUGCGCGCUGCGCCUCCUGCUCUGCUGCGCCGCUGCCCUGCUGGCUGCAGAUACAGCCCAUGGCCACAGUACUGGCUCAGGGACAGAAGUGUCACCAUCCCCAUCCAGUUCAGUCACAGCCACCAGCCUGGGGACACCCGAUGGGUCUCCAUCUGUUUCUGGCACAGGGACUGCUGAUGUGUCUCCAACCAGCAAAGCAGCAGCAUCUACACCACCUCCUCCCAGCCCAGGCACUGCAGUGUCCCCAUCCAGCACGCCGGCCUCAACGGUGCUUGAGGCACCUUUUUCUGACCCAGCUGCAACAUCAGAUCCAGCAGCACCAACAUCUUCAUCCCACCCAGACACAGCAUCGUCUCCCUCUGGGAUAACGGGAUCACCAGGAGCUCUGACAAACCCAUCCAGCACAACCAUGGCACCAUCUCCAUCCAGGACACCAGGCUUGGUGGAAGCAACAUCUCCAUCCAACACAACCAUGGCCCCGUCUCCAUCCAGGACACCGGGCUCGGUGGAAGCAACAUCUCCAUCCAACACAACCACGGCACCAUCUCCAUCCAGGACACCGGGCUCGGUGGAAGCAACAUCUCCAUCCAACACAACCACGACACCAUCUCCAUCCAGGACACCGGGCUCGGUGGAAGCAACAUCUCCAUCCAACACAACCAUGGCACCAUCUCCAUGCAGCACGGCCGUGCCCAGCUCUACAGCCACAGGGCAUCCCCCCAGCUCCACGGCAGCACCAGCCCCAUCCUCACCCGGGUCCUUCAAGCCCUCUCCCGCUCCCAGCUCACCCGCAAUGAGCCCCGGUCCCACCAGCACCAGAACAGCACCAGCCAUGGGCACCAGCGCUGUGGUUGGCAGCUCCGCGCAGCCCCCCACCAAACCCAGCCCUGCCGUGGUCUCCAUCAUCUGCCUCUUCAUCUGCCUGCUGGUGGCGGGAGCAGCGCUGAUGCUGGUGCGGCUGUCCCGGCGCAGGACCCCCCAGUUCCAACACUUGGACGAGGUGCCCAUGAGCAACCCAGGUGACCCCCCCGCUGCUCAAUAAAGAAGCUGCUGCCUUGGCUCUGG